AAAAGAGAUAAUUUAUUAAACUUUAUUUAUAUAAGAUUAUAUAAUAAUAUCUGAAUAUAAUAUUAUUAGUUAAUAAAUCUGUUUUAACAAGUAAAUAUAUGUGGACGACUAAAACAAACUUACAUGUCGUAAAAAUCAGGAUAAAUAAAUAUUACAUGUUUUAAAUUAUUAAAUACUUAUUUACAUUUUAAUAAGGUUGACUAUAACCAUGCUAAAACGGAAAUUUUAUUUUAAAUUGUCUAAUUAUCUUUGCUUGUGACACGAGGAAAACAGAAUAAUUAUUAGCUAGUAAAUUAUUAGGAAGUUUUAGGAAGACGACAACUAACUGAUUCGAUGUUGAGUAUAAUUUUUUUUAUUUACUUGUAAUCAGUUAUAUUCCUAAGUCAUAAUUUCUUUUCGAAUACAUUUUGAUUUUGAAAUAACAUCUAGACUUAUGAUCUAUCUACUAAAAGAAAAAUACCAAUAUGUAUAUAGCACAAGACUUUUUUUUGUAUCUGGCUAAAAUGUGUCAUAAAUAAGGCUUAAUAGUUAUUCCUCGCGAACAGAUGUACAAUCUAUAGAUUAAAUAGGUAAUGUGAAUGUAAUGCCGUCAAAGUCUGUACGCAGUCUAGACGCGUAGAUGCGGAAGUUUAGGUUUUCCUCUGGCCGCGGUGUUCGAGGAUAGUUUCAGUAUAAUUUUCGGGCGCGCUGUGCGCGUGGUUCAUUGAUGAGCGCGAAUGAAUGAGGCGGGAAUCGGCCACUGAAACAGUCGGUGGUCGCUCGCGCCCCGCCUAGCGCGCGCGACUCAGCCGCCGCGUCCGACCUCUACGACACAUCACACCACCGGAUCUUCACUCGGUGGGGACGAUGAGGGAACAGGAAGGCGACGGCCCGGAGAGCCGUUAGCCGGACUCGAUGGAUGAGUAUGGCGGGCCGGCGGCGCCGCCCCGGCCGCCCAAGCCGGCGGCGCGCGUCCACAGGCCGUCGGGCGCGCGCCAGCCCACCGUAUCAUUGCUGCGGCCGCGCCCUGAAGCCGAGCGCGAGCGCAACGCCUACGUGGAGGCUCCUCGGCGAACUCACGUGUCACCCGCAGCGGCACACGCGGGCGCGCACCAACCUCUCAAGCCGGUGACGACGCAGCCGGCCGCCGCGGCCGACAAGCGGCGCGCCGGCGCCCUCCAGGCCGAUUCUAUAGUGUGCGAAACGUGCGGGCGAUGUCGCUGCGAGCAGUGCGCUCGACCUCGGCCGCUACCCUCGCGCUGGCUGUGCGGCUCCUGUCUAUGCAGCGCGGAAGCAUGCGUUGACUACGCGUCGUGCAUGUGCUGCGUGAAGGCGCUGUUCUACCACUGCGGGAGCGGCGAGGAGGAAGCCGGCGAGCCGUGUGCGUGCGGACCGCGACUCGCAUGUGUGGGUGCGCUGGCGGUGCCGCUGCCGUGCCUGUGGCUGUAUUGGCCGCUGCGUGGAUGUGCAGCGGCGGGAGCGGCGCUGUACGCGCGGUGUCGCCGCUCCGGCUGUCGUUGUCCGGACCCUCAGCCGCGGCUCUCCAGUAUUAUCUAGUCCCGCCGCGCGCCGCCCGCGCCCUCCGAAGCGCCGAGUCGAGCGGCGCGACCGCGUUGUACAAAUAUUUAUUGGCGAGCGGCAGGCUUCGGACCGCGCGGGGGUGGACUCAGUGAUCGCUGUGCCUGUCCGUGGAGUGUGGUGGCGCGGGGCCGGCGUCGGACGUGCGCCCCGCGCUCGCUGUGUGAAUCGUCUACGAGUACCUUGUAAAUAUAGUUUUAUAGUGUGAAUGUAUGUGAACGUGUCGCCCGAACGUCGAAAGUCUCAAAUUUUCUUGAGACCGUAACGUGUCAUAAAAAAAACGUUAACGUUAGUAUUUUGGAUUCUACGCAAAUCCAGAGAAGAUUAAGAAAUGAGAUAUAAAGCAUACUUAUUAAGAUGUAGAUAAUUUACCAUUUAUUUAUUAACUGAAUUUGUAUUUAUUUGUAAAUAAAACGACAACAUUAUAUUAUAAAUACGAAUGUUUACUACA